AUGGAGCGAUUUUAUAGACUUGCUCAGGCAUUCCUCUUUCCACAAAUGACUGAUUCUCUGCGGAAAUAUUCUGGCAAUCCAAAUACUACUGGCUUCACUCGCUGUGCACAUAUACACCCGCUGUCCACCAAUCGCAGAUACACCGAGUCCUACGGACAGAAAAAGACAGCCUUCGCCGAAGUUCGCCUAUAUAGCCCCGGGUCUGGUGAAUUCCGAGUCAAUGGAUUCAGGCUUCUGGAUGUAUUCCCGGAAAUAGGGGACCGCGAGCAGAUUAUGCUUCCGCUCUGUCUUUUAGGCCAUACAUUUCGCCUUAAUCAACAAAAUAUUUUGUCAUUUUCAGGAAAACUUGGUUGCGUUGAUAUCGUGGCCACGGUAUCCCAGAGCGGACCGGCUUCUCAGGCAAACGCCAUCCGUCUAGCGAUUUCUAGGGCUCUCGUUUCGUUUGAUAAAUACCCUCUAGACGGGGAGCAAAGCAAAAUUACGCAAAUAGGCGAGACCGAAACAGAGCGCCUACGAGUUGCGGGCCUUCUUACUCAGGAUGACAGGUUUCCGGAGCGUAAAAAGCCAGGGCAGAAGAAGGCUAGAAAAAAGCCCAUUUGGUGA